CGCAGCAAAUCUUCAGUGAAGUAUAGUUUGCUGUUAAACACUGAACAAGAUGCAUUGCUCGCUGAUCUUUGCUGUGACUAUAGCUGUGCUGGGCUUUGCCAGUGCCACUCUAACGACAAAAGACAAGGAAAUGAUGUGUGAACACCUGGAAGGUAUUGAGAUGAAACGGCACAUGAUGCUUGAGUCCCUAUCGAGAAAGGCAGCAGCUCUUGGGAGGGCUGCCAUUGAAAUCCUGCCAUUAAAUUCAAAUUUCGAGAAAUGUAUGGAACAAGAUAUCUUGUUUUCACACCUCACUCAAUCAGACGAAUCGGCCAUUGCAUUUUUGAACAAGUUCAAGUGUGCCUACAAGCGAAAAAUACUCUGCAAUUGGAAUUACCAAGACCAGCCCGAGUUCCGAGAAAUGUACAAUAAUUGGCGGUCCGAAAGUAACGAAAUAAUUAAAAAAUUCGAUAGGGAGCUGGUCGAAACAAAUCAAGAUCUGCUAGGGAGAAGGUCGUGGUCAACGCUACCUAAUCGGAAUGAGUUUAUAAACUCAGUCAAUUCCUACUUGAAGCGGUAUAUAAAGAAUACUCACAGUUUGUUUAAUCAUUUUCUUAAUUCUUCCAAAUCCAAGUACGAGUGCACGUAUAAGAUAGGUUAUCUUUAAGCCUAUUUUGAAAAAAACAUUUUACAAUAUAUACAAUUAUUUUUA